AUGGUCUCCAAGCACUCUGACCUCCCUUCUGCUCCUGUCGAGUUGUCUCCCUCGGGACCGGUCUACAAGGUCUACAAACGGCGGUUUUGGGGUUUAGCGCAGCUGGUGCUGUUGAAUAUCAUCGUGAGCUGGGACUGGUUGACCUUCUCCGCCGUCUCAACAACAGCAUCACAAUACUUUGGAGUGUCUGAGAAUGCCAUUAAUUGGACGAGCAUAGGCUAUCUCUUCGCCUUCUGUGUCGCUAGUCCUGUUGUGAUGUUCACUCUCAACAAAGGCGGUCCCAAACCGGCCAUCAUGGUCACUUCCUCUCUCCUGCUGGUGGGCAACUGGGUCCGUUACGCAGGGACCAAGGCGCAGGGAGGUGGCAUGUUCGGAGUCGUCAUGUUCGGUCAGGUCCUGAUCGGCCUGGCACAGCCGUUCUGUCUCACUGCUCCAACCCGGUACAGUGACCUGUGGUUCUCGGACCAGGGACGAACCAGUGCAACGGCCGUAGCGACUCUCGCUAACCCACUGGGAGCUGCGCUGGGACAAUUGAUCAAUUCGUUCUGGGCGAGCGAGCCAUCGCAGAUUCCCGACCUGGUCUUGUGGAUCGCAGUAAUGGCAACUAUCGCAUCCAUUCCCUCAUUCUUCAUCCCCUCCCACCCGCCAACCCCCGCCAGCGCCUCCUCCCUAACCAGCAAACCCCCGCUCCUCCCAGCCCUAACGCAAAUGCUCCAAACGCCCGAGUUCUGGCUCAUCCUCACCCCCUUCGGCGUGUACGUCGGCUUCUUCAACAGCGUCUCCUCCCUGCUCACCCAGAUCCUCUCCCCCUACGGCUUCAGCGAAACCCAGGCCGGAAUCGCCGGCGGCAUCCUCAUCAUCGUCGGCCUGCUCUCCUCGGCGAUUCUCUCCCCGUUCAUCGACCGCUCCAAACACUACCUGGGCACCAUUCGCGUCCUCGUCCCCUUGGUCGGGAUCGCCUACAUCGCCCUGGUUUUCGCCCCCUCCAGCCCCGCGGGCAUCGCGCCCUCCUAUGUCAUCUGCGCCCUGCUCGGGGCUUCCUCGUUCGCCCUCCUCCCCGUCGUCCUCGAGUACCUCGUGGAAAUCACCUAUCCCUUUUCCCCCGAGAUCGGGACCACCAUGUGCUGGGCCCUGGGCCAGUUCCUUGGCGCCGUCUUUGUUCUUGUCCAGGAUGCCUUGAAGGCCUCGGCGUCGGGUGAUCCGCCCCAGAAUAUGCGCCACGCUUUGGUGUUCUCUGCCGUUGUUGCUUGUGUCGCGGCCCCGUUUCCCCUGUGCAUUGGGUUGUUUGGGAGGCGUGUCUCGCGGCGGAGGUUGGAUGUGGAUCGGGGCUUGGAUUUGGAUGGUCAGAGUUGUGCGCAAGUGUUGAUUGAUUGA